GGAGGGACCGAGGUGUACGAGGAGCAGAGUGAGACAGGAUCCUACCAGGGCCGAGGUGCACGAGCAGGGGAGGUCCGGAGCUGGUUCCCGGCGGAUUCCUGGAGGAAAAGGGAUAAGGUUCCGAUCAGCCAGAGCAGACACAGAUCCAAAGCAGUGUAAAGCCAAGAGCCUAGUCACGCGCAGUUCCUCUCCUCGCCGCUGGGGGCAGGAGCGCGCUUGACCCCCUCAGGGAAACACAGGGGUCUGUUUCCUGCGCAGGUGCAUCGCUCUGAGCCUGAACCUCCUCCUGAACCUCCUCCUGAACCUCCUCGAAUGCUCCUCCACUGAGCUCCUCCGCAGACAUGGCGUCCCGGCGGCCCGACAGCUUCGACGGGCUGGGCUACAGGCUGGCCCCGGACCCGCAGCUCCAGUAUCGGGUCACGACUCCCCCGGACAUCCCGGGCAGCCGCAACCUGCACCGGAGCCCGCAGUACGAGGACCCGGGGACAGAGGCCGGAGCCUACAGAGGAGCGGCCGGCUGGGACGCACCGCAGCCCGGCGUCCCUCCCUCCGAGCAGCUGAAUCGAUUCGCCGGCUUUGGAAUCGGACUCGUCAGUUUGUUCACGGAGAACGUCCUGGCUCAUCCCUGUAUCGUGUUUCGCCGCCAGUGUCAGGUGAAUGUCCACGCUCACUGUUAUCACCUGACUCCCUUCAGCGCCGUGUCCGUCAUGUACAGCAUCAGUAAAGCCCAGGGCGUGCGUUCUCUGUGGAAGGGCAUGGGCAGCACGUUCAUCGUUCAUGGCGUGACUCUCGGCGCCGAGGGCAUCAUCAGCGAGUUCACGCCAUUGCCGCGGGAACUUCCUCAUCGCUGGAGCUGGAAACAGUUGGCUGGACACCUCCUGCUCAAAGGCCUGACGGCGGUGGUGGCGUUGCCGUUUUACUGCUCCAGCCUCAUAGACACGGUGCAGAGUGAGAUUGUGCGUGACGACUCGUCCUCUCUGCUCGACUGCCUGCGGGAGGCGCUGUCUCGGGUCCUGGGCAUCGGCGCUCCUCACAGUCGUCGUCUGCUGCCGCUGAGCUCGCUGCUCUUCCCCGCCGCGCUGCACGCCGUCCUCAAGUACUGCGUCUCCACCUGUGUCCAGAGGGUGGCGCUGUGGCUGCUGCAGAGGCGCCGUAAGGAAGAUGCGUGUGACCCUCUGGACUCGUACUUCGUGGACUUGGCGUCGCAGUGGGCCGGCUCGCUCUUCUCGGACGUGCUGUGUUUUCCUCUGGAGACGGUUUUGCACCGUUUGGCGCUGCAGGGCACCCGUACCAUCAUCGACCACACGGAGCAGGGGGGCGCUCUUCAGGUCCUGCCCGUGAACACGCAGUACGACGGUUUCUCCGACUGCCUCUCCUCCGUGCGACACAAAGAGGGCGCCGCCUCCUUCUAUCGCGGCUUCGGCGCUCUGACCGCGCAGUACGCGCUGCACGCCGCGCUGCUAGCUCUGAGCCGCGCCGCGCUCAGGCUAACCAUGGACGGCAAGGCGCUGCGGGCGUGACGGCGAUAUGCAAAUGAGGCCACGCCCAAACACGGCCCAAAGGAAGAGACUUCAUGUGUUUAGUCGAUUUAUCCAGAUGUUAAUUUAAAACUGUAGAUCUGCAAUAAAUGAACUCACCAAAUACAACGAACACGUGGAACAACCACCAGACGAGUCGAUUCCACAAAAAGACACAAACACGACAAAGACACAAACACGACAAAGACACAAACACGACAAAGACACAAACACGACAAAGAAACACAAACACGACAAAGACACAAACACGACAAAGACACAAACACGACAAAGACACAAACACGACAAAGACACAAACACGACAAAGACACAAACACGACAGAGACACAAACACGACAGAGACACAAACACGACAGAGACACAAACACGACAGAGACACACAAACACGACAAAGACACACAAACACGACAAAGACACACAAACACGACAAAGACACACAAACACGACAAAGACACAAACACGACAGAGACACAAACACGACAAACACGACAAAGACACAAACACGACAAAGACACAAACACGACAAACACGACAAAGACACAAACACGACAAAGACACAAACACGACAAAGACACAAACACGACAAAGACACAAACACGACAAAGACACAAACACGACAAAGACACAAACACAACAAACACGACAAAGACACAAACACGACAAAGACACAAACACGACAAAGACACAAACACGACAGAGACACAAACACGACAAAGACACAAACACGACAAAGACACACAAACACGACAAAGACACACAAACACGACAAAGACACACAAACACGACAAAGACACAAACACGACAAAGACACAAACACGACAAAGACACACAAACACGACAGAGUUUGUGUGAUCAGAGCUGUGUGUUUAAAGCUCCAUGUUCCUCUUUUCUCUGAUCGGUUCUAAUGUCGUUUCCUCGUCACACACAGACCUGGAGUUGUGUUUUUGUUUCAUUCUCACAUGUUUAACACAAACCUGCAGAUUUAGGCUGAGUUCUUCUCUCAAACUGAAAACACUGUUCCACCUUGUGAUGUCAUCAUGUGGUGAUACAGGAAGUGCUCCACUGUGUUUUUAAACUCCACCUUCACUAGAACCAUUUGGAUCAUUUCAGUCCUGGAGUUGUCUCUUAUCUCGACUGAACUAAAGGUAAAAGGAGGAGUUAAUGUGAAAACUACCACUUGAUGACAUCACAAGGUGGAACGUCGUAUUUUGAUCUUUGUAGAUGUAACAGACUAAUAAUAAAGUGACUCAAACAUGUGAAUGAAACAAAACACAACUCCAGUGUGUUUUUGAGGAGGUCACAGGGGUCAGGGGUCAGUCUGAUGUUGGACCUGUAAACGUCCCUCCUCUUCUUCUUCUGUUUUAUUGUUCUUGUGACUUGAGCUCCCUCUUGUGGUUGUGGUGAAUUCUGGGAUAUGAAGUCAAAAUGUGCCAAGUGUGAAAAGCAAACGAAAUCUUAAAUUCAGAUUAGACAUGUUCAGACGUGUAAAUGUGAAACUCCACUGUGUGCGCCGCAGACUCCGGGGGUCAGGGGUCAGGGACGGGUCAGGGGGCGGGUCAGGGGGCGGGUCAGGGGAUCAGACACUUUGUGGGAAAUCCGCCAUCUUUGUUUUGGGCAGGGAAAAACUCCACAGAGAAGCUUUAGCCAAAACAAAAUGGAGAGAAUGAUCCGUGGGUCAGACCUGGUCAGAGGACGUGACUCUGUGUGGUACAGCGCCCCCCACAGGACGGACCGCUCAUUUUACUAAAACACACGUCACUACAUUUAAGAUCUGACUCCAGUUUACAGAUUGUUUUCCAGUUUGGCUGUUUCAGAUGUGACUUCCUGGUUUGAAAUCAUGACAUCACCCUGGGGAAUUUAUUACAGUUUAUAUUUAAUCUUUUCUUCACAAACCGUUUCUUUAUUUGUGUAAAAGUAUCAUUUAUAUUUAAACACUUUUAUUCAGAUUAAGGAGAAAUAAGAGAAACGUUUUGAUGAUUAACACACAGACUGUUUAUAUAAAUGUUCCAAACAGGAAGUGAUCAUGUCGCACUUCCUGCUCCAUCGACUCUUUGUCCAGUUCACUCUCUGUGUAUAAACAGCGCCCCCUCUGUCCUCUCUCUGUCCUCUCUCUGUCUCUUCAGACUCAUUCUGGUCUUAAAUGUUCGUAUUAACCCUCUACAUGAUCCUGGGUUUUUUAUUUCACUAUUGUGUCUGUAAAUCAACAUAACCAGAGUCUGUGCAGUGACUCAACAUGAACACAGAAGAAAGACGAGUAAAAAAAAAAAAAAAAAAUAAUAAUAAUAAUAAUAAUGUCCCUUUGAGCUGCUUCAAACCUCAGUCUGCAGUGUCCACAGUCAGAGUUUUUCAUUUAAGAUCUAACAAAA